AUGGAAGAAGAUAUAAAGAAAGAUCAAACUGAAGAUUCUAAGCCCAAGUCAGUUGUCUUGAGAAAUAUAGAAAAGGUUCAAUACUCAUCUUUAGUGCAUAUGUUUUCUGCUGUAUAUGAAACCUAUGCUAUCCUGAUAUCAAAUUAUAAGGACAAAUCUGCUGCUCUGCUUAAGCAACAACUGAGGAUAAAGAAUGUUAUAGUUCCAAAUGAAGAAUUAGAGGAAUUGCUGGCAGAAGAAAAUCCAGCAUUAUUUUCAAACAAUAUUUUAGCUCUUACUGCUGAAGCAAAGAUGGCAAUAGAUCCUUUGCAGUCAAGGCAUAGAGAGCUUCUCAAGAUUGAGAAAUCUGUCCGUGAGAUGAGGGAUCAGUUUGUUGAACUUGGAACACUGAUUGAGAGGCAGGGUGCAACUAUUGACUGUAUUGAAUACUUUGUGUUGCAUGCGGAGGACAAUACUGAGAACGCAAAGCGAAGAAUGCAGAAAUUAAAGAAAAAAAAGAAAAAAAGAAGAAACUUAAUGUACAAGGUUAUAGCUGGAGCAAUAAUAGUCUUCAUCAUCGUCAUACUGAUACUAGUAUGAUACCAGAGGUCUCACUGCCAAGAUUCUCAUAAUAAUCUCUAUCAGUAGUUUACACGAAACAAUGGAAAAGCCAGGAUGGAAUAAUGACAGUAUUAUCAAAAGGAUAGAUUGCUACUCACUGUAUAGCAGAGAUGCUGAGUUGCAGACAGGCACAACAAAAAGACUAUUAAACAUUUAAGCUUUCAGCCAGAAGGCUUUAUUUGAGGGGGAACUCAAACACAUAUAACCACUGUCUCUGGGUGCAGGGCCAGUCUGGCACAGGCAGCCAGAAGCCAGAGCCAGUGGUCGCGUGUGUGUGUGUGUGUGUGUGUGUGUGUGUGUGUGUGUGUGUGUGUGUGUGUGUGUUGUCUUUUUAGAAGAAGGCCUCCUGGCCAAAAGCUUACAUG